AUGCCUCGUGGUCAAAAGAGUAAGCUCCGUGCCCGUGAGAAACGUCGCCAGGCCCGAGGUGACACCCACGGUGUCCAAGGUGCUCAGGCCACUGCAGCAGAGGAGGAAGGGUCCCCCUCCUCUUCCUCUCCUCCUUUUGGGGGUUCUCCCCAGAGCUCCCCUGCUGCUCACAUUCCCCAGGGGCCUCCGAGAGUGCCAUUCAUCACCACUGCUGCUGCAGGUGCUUCAGGCACAAGAGCUGCUGGAGAUGCCAAGAGCCAAGAUGAGGGAGGUCCAAGUUCCUCUGUGGCCCCACCCUCUGCCGGGAGCUCACAAAAAGAUCCCUUAGCAAGGCAGGCGGGUAUGUUGAUGCAGUUCCUGCUGCACAAGUAUAAAAUGAAAGAGCCCGUUACAAAAGCAGAGAUGAUGAAGAGUAUCAGCAAAAAGUACAAGGAGCGCUUCCCUGAGAUCCUGAAGAAAACUACUGAACGGAUGGAGCUGGUCUUUGGCCUUGAUCUGAAGGAAGUAGAUCCCAGCCGUCAAUCCUAUGCUCUUGUCAGCAAACUUGACAUCACCAACGAAGAAAGUCUGAAUGAUGGUGGCGAAUUUCCCAAGAAUGGGCUCCUGAUGCCUCUCCUGGGCGUGAUUUUCAUGAAGGGCAACAGGGCCACCGAGGAGGAGAUCUGGGAAUUCCUGAAUGUGCUUGGGGUCUAUGAUGGGAGGAGGCACUUAAUCUUUGGAGAGCCUAGGAAGCUCAUCACCAAAGAUUUGGUGCAGGAAAAGUACCUGGAGUACCGGCAGGUGCCCAACAGUGAUCCUCCACGCAACGAAUUCCUGUGGGGUCCCAGAGCCUACGCGGAAACCAGCAAGAUGAAAGUCCUGGAGUUUUUGGCCAAGAUCAAUGAUACAGUCCCCAGUGCCUUCCCACUGCACUAUGAAGAGGCUUUGAGAGAUGAGGAGGAGAGCCCGAGCCAGAGUUGCAGCCAGGGCUGGUCCUACUGCAAAGGCCAGUGCUUAUUCCAGAGCCACAUCCGGCAGCUCCUCCCACCCCUAGUCAAGUCUGAGGCAGAUUAUUCACUUUGUGGUUCAAAAGAGAAGUCAGAAUUCUAA